GCCGUAUUUCCGCCAGUCAAUCUUGCAUCCUAGUUCCAAUGUGGAUAUUGAUUUGAACUGGUGACGAUUUUAUCAUCAAUUCUUGGCGUCACUAUGGUCUCCGCCCAGAAUUUACAGAAUGCGACCUACACAAUUGUGAUCGCAUCAAGUUUAUAACAAUGCCGCGUGAGCAAGAAAAUUCGUAUAAAACUUUUUGUUUCUUUCUCUUUGUUUAAUUAGUGCAAACCACCGGGGUUUCAAAAUGCAGCCAGAUAUUCCUUACCGACAAACCCAUCAACAGGCUCCAGAUGAGUGGAAGCUAGAGCAAGGACUCGAGCCAGCUCGUCUCGGCAUUCGUAACCAGAGCUGCAUCCAGAUCAACACAGAGCCUCAUCGGCUCAACCCAAGUGACCACGAAGAACUGAAGGGUCCCGAUAUCCCUGAGGAUCCGGAUCUCGAUGUUCAAGACGAAAGACCUGGCUGGAAAGGUUAUGUUGAGUGGGAGGACUACCCAGAGAAGAAGGCCAAAGCUCACCAACGUUUUUCGCGCUUCACGUUUCCCCCUCCUCCUGAGUUCCAGUUAGAGCCUCUUCCUGCGACGAACCCUGUACUUGAGGGCAAGCGAUGGAAGUUAUGGCAUAAAGCCAUUGGAGGGGUUCUGGAUCAAGUCCCCCAGAUCAGUUGGGAGACUGUUCUCAAGGAAAAACACCCGGAAAUGCUUCAUCUUCUCGAAUUUCCUUACAACGGAGAAGCGCCCAAAAGCCUUCUGACCAAAGACUACAUCAUGCCAAACGAACUUCAUUUCGUCCGGAAUCACGGUGGUAUCCCCGACAUCGAAGCAAGCGCCUACGACAUUCGUCUCGAUGGGCUCGUCAAUAACCCCAAGACGCUCACCCUGGCAGACUUACAAAAUGAAUCAAUCUUUCCAAGAGUCAGCAAACUGGUGACCAUUCAGUGCAGCGGUACUCGUCGCUUCGAGCAAAUCGUCGAGUAUCCAGGCGAAGGCGACGAAAUAAUCAACGCCCCCUGGGCUGAAGGUGCUAUUGGUACAGCGAAGUGGACAGGCGUCAGUCUGAAGAAAGUCAUCAAGUACUGCGGCGGUCUGAAAUAUGGUGCCAAGCAUCUUGAACUCUACGGUGCGGAUACGUAUUUCAAAGGAGGCCAGUGCAUGAACUAUGUUGUUUCGGUGCCGUGGUCAAAAGUCAAGGCUAAUGAAGUCAUAUUGGCUUGGGAGAUGAAUGACAAGCCGCUGCCGAAGAUUCAUGGUUUCCCAUUGAGGGCGGUUGUCUUUGGGUAUAUUGGGGCCAGGAGUUGCAAGUGGCUGUAUCGGAUUAAGGCGAUUGAGAAACCGAGUCUUGCUCCGGUACAGAUGGGUAUUCAGAUCCAGGAGAUGCCUGUCAGCAGCGCCAUCAUGUCACCUUGGAACAAGGAGGUUGUCGUCCACGACGGUGAGAUCGAAGUCAAAGGCUGGGCAUACUCAGGCGGAGGCCGCUGGCCCGAGCGCGUAGAAAUCUCCUCCGACGGCGGCUACGUAUGGUACGCCGUCCCCAUCAAGAACCUCUCCCCCAAGCACAAAUUCGCCUGGCGAACCUUCACUGGCAAAGUCCCCUGCGACCACGAAGGCUGGACCGAACUUGUCGUUCGAUGCUGGGACAACAGUUUGAACACGCAACCAAUGGAGGUUCGGCAUAGCUGGAAUUGGAGCUUGCAUGUGACGAGUAGUUGUCAUCGUGUCAAGAUUUAUAGUGUGAAUGCAAAGAGGGAGGCUACGAGGAAGAGAUUGAGGGAGUUUGAUGAGCAUGGGCAGGGGUUUACGCCUAUUACCAGACCGACGGAAUUUGUGCCCAUGAGUUUGGAGGAGUAUGAGAAGGAGGUUGCGAAUGUUGAGCCGAGAGAUUUUGAUGAUUAG